AUAGAAUAAAGUUCCAAAACAUGGAAUCAAUCAAAGCACAACUUUCUCUGUAAACCAUUUCCUUUCCAUCUUUACUCUUCUCUUUCCCACCAUUCUCUUUCCCUCAUAACAAACACUUCUCAAAACAAAGACAAGUACUUCACAAAAGCAAAAAUGAGCUGCUGUUUUAGUCAAAAAAAAUCCAAUACUCUUUCCCCUACCAGGAACUCAUCUUCUGAAGAAUCUGAAUCAUCAACACAAGAAUUAAAAAAUGUAGAGCAUGAAGUUUUGUUGUGCAUACCAGGAUGCGUAGUUCAUCUGAUGGAGGAGGGAGAGGCAGUGGAACUCGCCAAUGGCGAUUUCACGCUUCUUCGCGUAUCUGAUGAAAAUAUUCCUCUUGCUACUAUUGCUAAAGUUGGAGAUGAAGUUCAGUGGCCGUUGACAAAAGAUGAGCCUGUGGUGAAGCUUGAUGCUCUGCACUAUCUGUUUUCACUGCCGAUAAAAGAUGGUGACCCUCUGAGCUAUGGAGUGUCCUUCUCGGAACAGUAUGGUGGCAGUUUGGGCUCGUUGGAUUCAAUCCUGCAAGAAAAUUCGUGCUUUUCUAGCUCAUCAUCAUCAACUCAGAAUAAGAAUUUGAAUUGGAAGGAGUUCGCGCCAAGGAUCGAAGAUUAUAACAAUGUUUUGGCUAGAGCGAUUGCAGGAGGGACUGGUCAGAUUGUUAAGGGGAUCUUCAAAUGUAGCAAUGGUUACACCAACCAGGUGCAAAAAGGAGGGGAAAUGAUUCUAACUCAAACAGUAGAGGAGAAAAAUGGUGUCUGGGCAAAGGAAAGUAAGAGCAACAAAAGAACUGGUUCAACAAAGAACAGCAACAAAGUCAAUAAAAGCAUAAAGCGUGUGAGAAAGCUGACGAGGAUGACAGAAAAGAUGAGUAAAGCCAUGCUCAAUGGUGUUGGGAUAGCCACCGGAUCAGUGAUCAAACCUGUGGUUCGAUCCCAAGCAGGGAAGGCAUUCCUUUCCAUGGUUCCGGGACAGGUCGUCUUGGCAUCACUUGAUGCUGUCAACAAGGUUUUCGACGCCGCUGAAGUAGCAGAAAAACAAGCCCUCUCCGCCACAUCUGGUGCUGCUAAGAGAAUGGUAUCCAAAAGGUUCGGGGAUAGUGCAGGGGAGGCAACAGAAGACGUGCUUGCCACUGCGGGGCAUUGUGCUGGCAUUGCUUGGAAUGUCUUGAAGAUACGAAAGGCCAUCAAUCCUGCCUCAUCGGUCUCCGCAGGCGUGUUGAAUACGGCUAAAAGUGUAAAAUCUAAAAGUAAAAAAUCUUAAGAGGCCCGGGAGGCUGGAGUGCAUUUUGUGCGUCAGAAAUCGGACAACAUGGAACAAUGCCCCUAUGUUUAACUGUUUUGAGCAUUUCUUUUCUAUCAAGUGGCAAAUGUAUGAAACUAUUAGUUACAAUAUAUAGCCAUCAGACACUUCUGGGGUAUUUGGAAAAUACUAUGGAAUUUGAAUCAUUUUAUUUUAUGAUUUCAGAAAUGUUAUUUUAGUUACAUGGAAUUGGAAUUAGAGAAAAUUUAGUUUAAA